UGAGUGAGUAGAAAAUGGUGGUGGCAGUGGUGGCACAGUACUAGGCGGUGGUGGUGGUGCGUGACCCUACCUACUCCCCCAGGUCCAUCCCUCCUACUCUAGGUAGCUACUCCUCCGCCCACAAAAAACAUGACGAACAGUGUGUAGAGGAGUGGAAGGUCACGACCUUAAGCUGUGGGGAUCGGUUUCUUCCCUCGCUCUCCGAGUCCGAGGUCUCAGGUCACCCGUCACCCGCGUGCAGCUAGUUGGUGCCGGAAAGAACACGCAACGAAGGCCAGGGGAAAGGUUAAGAUGUGCACAUAUGAGGUCUCGACUGCGGGUCCGACGAUGGAUGAUAACAUGCUGGCUCGGCAGGACGGCGGCGGUUUUGUUCAGGCCAGCCCAAACCCCACAUCAGAGGUUUCGUGUGCUAGAGCCAAGGGACCGUGGGACUCUGAGUGAACAGAGGCAACGGCGGCGCGGCACGCAAGCCACUUGGAGGAUCAGCGGAUGCAAGAUGCUCUGGCACGCGCUGAUUCGUUGUCGGGCCUCGUGCACCGGCUCUGCUCCUUCGCAGCGCUUCGAGGCCCGUCUUCCCACGUAUCCGACCCCAGCGGUGUGCCUCGCCUGGCACCACGAGGGGGGAGGGCUGGUGACUGGCUUAUUAGGUAUACACACACACACGCACACAUACAAUAGGCAGGGCUUGCUCGUAAAAAAAAUAAGAAAAAAAGCUGCGCCGCCAGUCAAAAAGUCCGUCGCACGGGUUUUGGGUCUUACUUGCCCUCGACCGGUCAGCCCAAUCCGUCAGCUUUGCAUUACCAGCCUCACCGUCCGUGCGGGGCUCUUUCUGCUCCGCUCUCUCUUUUGCAACGGUGCAGCCCCAGCUGGCUUUUGUUCCAGUCGGUCCCUCUCCUGUUCGUCUUCUCGGAGAUCUUUUCAGGGUUCCUGCUGUCAUUGCGCACACUCUAUUCGCACUCCUGUCGGCAUCGGCUAACCCCCGCCCUCGACCUCGAGGCAGGCCCUUGAUCGUCUUUUUUACCGGAGCAUGGGCUAAGUCAUAAGCCAACUGGUGCCUACUUG